CAAAACCCUCUCCAAUAUUAACAAAAUCCUUGUGGCAUCCGUGCGCUUACGUGGGUCCAAACAAUCGAAGCAAAUCGGGGUCUCAUAAAUAGAGACACGCCACGCGCGCGAGGGUUGAAUGAUGGAGAAAAGGUGCGUUUACGCAAUUAGGAUGACUGUGUUUUCUGCUGGUGUAUCGGGAGACUAAAAUGCUCAAAAACUUGGGGGAAAGAGAAAAAGAAGAGAGAAGAGAGAGUGAUAGGGUCAGAAUAUGCAAUAAUGACAAAAACUUCUGACGAUGGACUAUUAUUUUGGGUGUAAUUGGAAAAGGCUACCGUACUACUGAUUCGCUAUCUUCUCAUACUGAUACCACUGAAAAGAUCAUAUACUUUUACCUUCCAAAGAUUUUCCAUUUUCCGCCAUUGUUAUUCACUUUCACCUCAAGAAAUGCAAAGCUUCAGAACAACACCACCAACACAUCCACCUUCUGUUGCUGUUACUCCUCAUCCUCUUUCGUCUUCCGACUUGUAUUGCCAUUCUCCAUUCUACAUUAGAGGAGAUGAAAAUGGAAGAACAGACACGCGUUUUACGGAUCUUGGAGAGCUUCAACACUCAUCUGCCUUUCAUCAAGAGGAUGCUGUUGAUUUAAGCAGAAGUUCGAUAUAUAAUGAAAUAAGAGCAGGAAAUGGAAAUGGAGGUGUUGUUUCUAAUGGCUUACAGUUUCGGGCACAUCACAUGAACUUUGGGUCCACUACAGAGAUGAGUUCAAUAGGGACAGGGGUGGAUACAGGCCAGUUCAUGAUGCAGCAUCACCAUAAAACAAUGGUGGUUAGCGGCGGCGGAAGCGGUGGUGGUGGCGGUGGUAUUGGAAAAGGGCACUUUGAGAAUUGGGGAGAGUCUGGCAUUGCAGAUAACAGCCAACAAACUGACACUUCUACUGAUAUCGACACUGAUGAUAAAAAUCAGUUUAACAGUCUUCAACAUGGAGGACAAGAUUCAAUGGAAGGAUCAAUGGGAAAAAUCGGAGACCAAAAGAUACUUCGAAGACUAGCUCAGAAUCGAGAAGCAGCUAGGAAAAGUCGAUUGAGAAAAAAAGCAUAUGUUCAGCAACUUGAAAACAGUCGACUCAAGCUUACACAACUUGAACAUGAGCUUAAACAAGCUCGCCAACAGGGUAUGUUAAUUGCCAGUGGAGAUCAAAGCCAUCUACUUGGUUCAAAUGGAGCAUUAGCUUUCGACAUGGAUUAUGCAAGAUGGUUAGAAGAUCAUCAAAGACUAAUCAACGAUGUGAGAUCAGCAUUCAACACUCAUGCAAACGACAACGAGCUUCGUGUGCUUGUUGAUGCAAUCAUGUCACAUUACGAUGAAAUCUUCAGACUCAAAUCCAUAGCUGCAAAAUCCGAUGUGUUUCACCUACUUUCCGGGAUGUGGAAGUCACCAGCUGAACGUUGUUUCAUGUGGAUUGGUGGUUUUCGAUCAUCAGAGCUUCUCAAGAUACUCGGGAGCCAUUUGGAGCCAUUAACAGAUCAACAGUUAAUGGGGAUAUGUAAUUUACAACAAUCUUCACAACAAGCUGAAGAUGCUUUAUCUCAAGGUAUGGAAGCAUGGCAACAAUCACUUGUUGACACUCUUUCUUCAAACCUCUGGUGGAUCUGUUGAUUACAUGGGUCAAAUGGCUAUGGCUAUGGGAAAGCUUGGAACACUUGAAAACUUUCUUCAUCAGGCUGAUUUAUUGAGACAACAAACGUUGCAACAAUUGCAUCGGAUAUUGACAACAAGGCAAGCUGCAAGGGCACUUUUGGUAAUUAAUGAUUAUAUGUCGAGGCUUCGUGCGUUGAGUUCUUUGUGGUUAGCAAGACCGAAGGAUUGAAGUUUGGUCAAAGUAUGGUCAACGGAUUGAAAAGUUGAAAAACAGCUGAAAAUUUUAGGGUGGUUGUAUACUUGGUUAGUUUUAGAAGUAUGGUUAGUUUGAUUUGGGAUUUUAUAGGAUCUUUGAUCUUUGAUGUUGUAUAUUAUGAUAAGUUAGUCGUUUUGUUUCAGAGUUUAAAUUGAUAAAUCCAGAGCAAUGUACAACUUUCAUUGUAGGAAUUACAAGUUGUGAAAGCUUAUAUUGCUCUUGAUUUGUUGAUUAUGGCUUUGGAGAAACGAUUUACCUUUUCGCUAUUUUGCGUUUAUUGACGAAAUUGUAGCAUCUUUUACAAAGUGUAAGGAUUUUUGGAUGAGGGGGUCAAGUUGACCAAAGAGCCAAAGUUUAGGGACUAGGCAAUUUGAAAAUGAGAAAAAUACCCUGAAACCGACUCAUUAUCCUGUUUAACAUGGAGG